AUGGGCUCCAUCAAAACCGACACACCGGCCAUGGCCACCAACCCCAAGUUCAUCUUCUUUACCGAUUUCGACGGCACAGUCACCCUGGGCGACUCCAAUGACUACAUGAUUGAUAAUCUCGGCUUCGGCAAGGCCAAGCGCGACGCCGACAACGGCAAGGUCUUGGUCGGCCGCGCCCAUUUCCGCGACGUCUUCUACGGCAUGCUCGACAGCGUCAAGACGCCCUUUGACGAAUGCCUGCGGCAGAUCCUCGCCAACGUCGAGCUCGACCCCAGCUUCAAGGAGUUCUACUACUGGGCGCAGGACAACAACGUUCCCAUUGUCAUCCUCAGCGGCGGCAUGGAGCCCGUCAUCCGCGCCCUGCUCGACAAAACGUUUGGCCCGGGCUGGAACUUGCAGAUUGUCAGCAACAACGUCGCGCCCGCCGCCGAGGGCCGCAGCAUCAACGAGGAGGGCGGCUGGAAGAUUGUCUUUCACGACGACAGCAUUCACGGCCACGACAAGUCCCUUGAGAUUCGCAAAUACUCGUCGCUGCCGUCGCGCCCCGUCAUGUUCUACGCCGGUGACGGCGUGUCCGACUUGUCGGCAGCAAAGGAAACGGAUCUUCUCUUCGCCAGAGAAGGCAGGGAUCUCGUCACUUGGUGCGAGAACGCCAAGACUCCGUUUGUUACCUUUCGCGACUGGACUAGCAUCAGCCAAACCGUCAAGGACAUUGCUUCCGGCACCAUCACCCUACAAGAAGCCGCGCGAGGACGCAUCUAA